AUGGAAUCAACCACAGAAAACCCUCCUCGGCCCGACAUCAGUGACGUCGCUGAUUCCCCGACCAAUACCAACGUUGACAUCUCUGACCACAAUGAUCUCCUAUCUCAGCUUCAAUCUCUCCAGCAGUCUUUUGACACCAUUCAAAGCAAAUCCUCAUUGAUGGAGGAAAAUCUACUCCUCCUACAACAAGAAAGGGACGAUGCGCUCAACAACAACUCCCAGCUCAAUUUAGUCAUCCAAGAGGUUUCAAACGAAAGAGACUCUCUUCGUGACCAAGUUAACCAACUUAUGGCCUCUUUCCAGGAAAAGGAAGAUGGGUUUGUGAAAAGGAUCGAUGAGGCAUAUUUGACAGUGGAAAAACUUGACAAAGAAGUGGAAUUCGUCACAGAGAGGAAUGAUAAGUUGGAACUUGAGAUAAAAGAGACUAGGGAGAAAAAUGGGUUGUUGUUAAAGAUCACUAUGGAUUCAGUAAAGCCUGUGAAGGAUUCUUUGGUGAAAGUAAAAGAGUGUCUGGACGAUGAGAAGGUGGUCGAGAGAGUUGAUGAUGAAGACGAGAGAGAAGAGUUGGAACUAGAUGAUGAAUUGAGGGCUGUUGGGGAGGAAUGCAAGGCAAUUACAAGGCUGGCAAGCGAGGCAGAAUCAAAAGCAAAUGAGUUGAAAGAGAUGAAGAAGAAGGAGAUAAGGGAAUUGGAGAACAGUGUGGUGAGUUUGACAGAGGAGAAUCGCGAUAUCAACAGCUUGUUAAGGGUUGCUUUGGUGGAGAAGGAGGCAGUGGAGAGGAGUUUGAAUAAGCUGAAAGGGAACAAUGAGCAGAAGAGAGUGCCUUUAUUGCAGAGAGUAGGAUUUGGGUUCAUAAUGGGAAGUGGGAGUACUGAACAAUCCAUGGAGAGUUCAGGAGCUGCUAGUAAUACCACCAAUGCUUCUGCUUCUGCUUCUGCAAGUACUAAAUCAGACACUAGUGAAUGUGAAGAGGAGGGUGUCAGUUUGGCCUCAACUGUGGAGCGAAUCAUGAAGAAGUUGAGGCUCGAAAACAGUCAACUGAGGAGAUCUCUGGAAGAAUCUAGGUCAGACACUGAGCGAUUACAAAGUCUUACGCAAAAACAAGCUCAAGAAAUUGCAGAAAACAUACUAUACAUAAAAGAGUUGGAAGAUAGAGAGAGGGUGCUAACUCAAAAUGUUGAGGAACUUCUGGCAGAAAUAAAAGAAACUGAGGCAGAAGUUACGAGAUGGAGAGAAGCUUGCGAGUUGGAAGUGCAAGCUGCGAAAAAAGCAAUCGACGAAAGCGAGAAAUUGGUCGUUAUCUUGAAGCAAGAACUGGAGAAAGCAAAGUCUAAUUUAGAGAUAUCGAAUGGCAAGUUAAAGCUGAAGGAUGAACUAGCAGCUGCUGCAAUGGCUGCCCAGGCAGCAGCAGAGAGGUCUCUGCAGCUAGCUGAUAGCAGGGCUGCAGGACUUUGUCAGCGAAUUGAGGAGCUAACAAGACAAGUAGAAGAAGCAGAGAGCAAAGAGCGGAAACGCCAUAAAGUUAGGCAUAUAUGUUGGCCAUGGCGAGCCAUCAAAGCGAGUGCCGGUAAUAAUGCAAGUAAUAGAGUUCAGAACGUUAGACGAAUGCUGCCAGAAAUGCAAGCCUUGCUUCAUUACAAUGUCUAA